CUUUACCUUCAUCAGAUGCCAUUUAUUUGGGCUAAUAGCUUCUUCUUCUUCUCUAGUUUUCAGCAGAACAAAUUUUGAUAAUUUAUGUCAAUAAUGGCGGCGUCUUCAGCUAUAGCUUCAAGUUCUACAGUUUUCAUCAAUAAGUGGAAAGACAAGUACAAUAAAUUGAAAGACAGCUACACAAAGCAUCAAGAUCGAAGAAAUGCUCACAAGUCUCCAAAAUCCAGGCAAAGAAUUUUUCUCUCAGGAAAGGUGGGCAAUCUAACCCAUAUCGCAGUGUGGGUAAGCAUAGUGGUUUGUGGGACGAAUAUUGGUUCCCACCUUUCGACUGAAACACAUUACGGAUGGAUCAAGAUGAGGGGGUUCGAUUGGUUUCCAAAUGUCUACCAGUUUGCAUUUUAAGUAAGUAUAUGAUAGUUUUUUCCCAAACACUUUGAUGAUUACUGAUAUGGACCAUGAUUGGUUUAACCUUUGCUUGUCUUCCUCAGUAAGUAUAAUGAUGUUUUGCUGGGUGAGUAGAUCCAUACGUUGGGGGGAAUAAUCUGGGGGAUUUUCAUAUGUUUGGUUCAAACUCUUUGCUUCAUCAAGGAGGAUUUCUUUAAAAGAGUGAGAGUUAUAGUUAUCCUCUAUCAUUGGGCUGGAUGUGUUCGGCGGGUCAAGUGAUUCCGAUGAUCUCUAAGGUGGAGAUCUCAUGGAUUUAUUGUUGAUAAGGCCAUUGCUCUAGAAAUGGAGUUUUUUAGAGAGAGAAAAAACUGUGAAUAUUGUAGGGUGAUCCAAAUUAGGUUCACCAAAGGCUUGAUUGAUUAUCCAAAUCUUGUUUCAUAAAGUAAAAUCCUUGAAUCGUUAAGAAAAUGAUAAAAUUAGGAUG